CCAUCAGUUGUGACCAUAACACGCCGUAUUGUGUUGCGUGUUCCACCGCUUACCCACCUAUAUUUAGCCUCAUCCUAUCAUUUCUGAUACUAAAAGAAUCCCGACAGCGGCGAUCUCGCGGCCCCUAGCAGCCUGACCGGUACAGAAAUCUGUCCAGCGGGCUGGGGAAGAGGGUAUGGCGGGGAGCAGGGAGUGAGCGAGGCCGGGAGGAACACAGAACAUCCUUCGGCCGGGCGCGGACGCGUCACUCCCGCCCACUAGAGACUGGUGCGACCAUACGAUUACAAGCGCUGCUAUGACCAGUGAAACCUAACACGACGAAAACCUGGGUCAGAUUUUCCACGGUUGUCUCGACGUUUGAAGCGGAUUGGCGGCUGAGUCACCCCCGGCAGCAGGCGCAGAAUUAGUCUAGAGGCUGUGGUUCGAGAAGCAGGCUUCAGGGAUGUCUCAAAACGCCAACAAGAACGCCAACGCCUCCUCAUCCUCGGGCUUCGAACUCCCGAAGGUGGACGUGCACAGCCACUACCUCAUCGUGCGGGAGGUGGGGAGGGGAACCUACGGGAGAGUCGACCUCGCCAUCCACAAGGAAACGGGCACCAAACUAGCGCUCAAGUCCGUGCCAAAGCGAACCACCAGACUCCGUGAUUUCUACCGAGAAUUCACGCUCAGUCAGUACCUCUCGGCACACCCGUUUAUCAUCACCACCUAUGACGUCGCUUUCCAGACAAAACAUUACUUUAUCUUUGGACAGGAGUAUUCGGCAGUCGGGGACUUGUUCGAGGCGAUCCCGCCACAGGAGGGCUUGCCUGAGGAGACCGCCAAACUGUGCGUACAACAGAUCGGGUCGGCGCUAGAGUUCAUGCACGCGAAGGGACUGGUACACCGGGACGUCAAGCCGGAGAACAUUCUGCUCUUUGACCGAGAUUGUCGGCGGGUGAAGCUGAUGGAUUUUGGCAUGACGAGGAAGUGCGGCACGCAUGUGAAAAAGAUCAGCGGCACGAUACCCUACACCCCUCCCGAGAUUUGCCAGGCCGCCCACAACGACGGCUUCUACGUGGAGACCAGCGCGGAUGUCUGGGCGUUUGGCGUGCUCAUUUUCUGCAUGCUCACCGGGAACUUCCCGUGGGAGAACGCGGAGGAUAGGGACUGCUACUUCACGGAGUUCGUCGGCUGGCAGAAGCGGACCACCAGCGGGAUGCCCUCGCAGUGGAAGAAGUUCACCCCCCGCCUCAUGAAGUUCUUCCGCAAGUCGCUGGAAAUCAAGCCGGAGAAGCGCUGUCAAAUCAGGGAGGUGUACAAGUACAUCCACUACGACUGGCUGCUACCGCCUCUCAACGGAAACCGGUGGGUACCCAUGACGUCACCAACAGAGACAGGUAGCACGAGCACAGCAAUAACUGAUGACGUGGUGCAGCCAUGCGCAGUAGAGGUCCUGUUAUGAAGAAGUAAAGGAUCACGGGAAGAAUAAAAAAAAUGGCGG